CCCUGAAACAAAGUUGUGUUGUUAAAUAGUUAGCCGGCAAAACAUAGCAUGACGAUUGACGGUGUAAAACUUAGUUUAGUCGUCGUGUUUAAAGGGGUUGAAAUAUUUAAAUAUAACUUAAUUAUUUUCGAUUUAAUAUUUUUUACUCAAAUUUUCAGACUGAAACAGGUGUUCAGCGAUGCUGAUGAGCAAGUGACUAAGGCGCAUCUCUCUAAACUGGUGUAUAUGGAGGCUGUGAUCAAAGAAACACUUCGAAUUCACCCGGUUAUACCUCUGAUGGGUCGCGUUGUAGACAAGGAUGUUAAGUUUGAGAAGUUCACCCUGCCAGCAGGUAGUGUGGUGACGUUGAACACUUGGGGCCUCCACCGACACCCGUGCUGGGGUACUGACGCGGACGUGUACCGACCAGAGCGAUGGUUGAACGCCUCCACUGUACCGGAUAAGUCAUUCGCUGCGUUCGCCAUGGGACGGAGGUCUUGUAUUGACAAAACAUACGGUAUGAUGACAGUGAAGACGACAUUAGCGCAUUUUCUAAGAAGAUACAAAGUACGGUCGGCAAGUUCCGAAGUGAAGUUCAAGUACGAUGUAGUCAUUAAAGUGAUUCCUGGUCAGUGCGUUUCAUUAGAAAAAAGAUUAUUUAAGUAGGUAGAUAACGUCUGCUGAUUUUUAUAUUUACUACAGGUACAGUAAAGUUAGCAAAAUAGAUGAUCGCAGAGUCGCACGCUUGGCAUGACACAUGAGGAAUACAAAUGAAGUAAAUAAUGAAUUAAAUAAAUCAAAUUGUGAUGGAGGAUGGAGGGUGGAUACAUAAUAAUCUUUUGUGCAGACCUUAAAUAAAUAAAUAAGUAUCUUCAAUCUGCAAACGUGGAUUUAUUUAAAACCCUUUUAUACAUACGUUAGAGUGAAGUAAGUUCAAAAAUCAAAAUCAUUUAUUGACACCAAGUAACACGGGUAUACUAGAAAUGAACAGUAGGUAGGUAGUAGUGGAGUAGGUAAUAGAAUUAGUUAGGUAAGUUGGUUUACAGAGUAAAAUAGAAGCAGUAAGAAGGAAUCUCGCACUAGGCACAUCCUGUAUCGCGAGAACCAGUAGGCAAAGUAACAAUAAGAUUUGCAGGUGGUUAGACAGU